CAAAAAAAAAAAUCUCAGCUGAAUCACGCUGCUCCCCCUCUUUCAUUCCUUCCCUCGUUUCAUUUCAGUGAGACGCAGUGUAGCUCAUGCAGUACCCAGCAGCAAGCAGAAUGCAAGGAAUCUACAGUAUUCCCCUGUCUCACACAAGAAGCCCAGUUCACUACUAAAGGACAAGUGAGGAGAGAGAGAGGCAGAGCCAGGGAGCAGUCAGGGGAGGAUUCAGACUGCUGUGGUUGAGAGGAGGAACGUACGCUCUUGUCCUGUUCUGCUCUGCUCUGCUCUGCUCUUGUUGCCUCAGGUGUGCGUGCUCCUCCCUCCCCUCCGCGGUGCCUGCUGUCAUCUCCAUCCCUGGGUGGCUGAGGCCAUGGUGUUGGUGCUGCGAGCCCUGCUGCCCUGCUUCUGCACCCUGCUGUCCCUGGACCUGCUGCCUGGGGUGGAACCCGCUGUGCCCCUGGAGGACUUCUACCCCUUUGGCCAGGACAAGGGGGACUCCCAGACCAUCGCUCAGGACGACGGAGGCUCCAGGCUUGUGGAGAUCUCUGUUGCUUUCCCCUUCUUUGGAGACAAGCACACGGGACUCUAUGUUAACAACAAUGGCCUGGUGUCUUUCCUGAGGGAGGUGUCACAGUUCACACCUGUGGCUUUUCCAAUCGCUGGGGACAGAAGGGUUGUGGCACCGUUCUGGGCUGAUGUGGACAACCGCCGAGCAGGGAAAGUCUUCUACAGAGAGAGCCAGGAGCCCUCCAUCCUGAGGAGGGCCUCAGGUGAUGUCAGGACGUACUUUUCAGAGUUCCCCAACUUCAAUGCAACAUGGGUCCUCAUCUCUACAUGGCUUCAAGUUACUUUCUUUGGAGGCAACUCCCUCACACCGGUAAAUACUUUCCAAGUGGUGCUUAUUACAGAUGGAGAGCUUUCCUUCACUAUAUUCCAGUACAAUAAUAUCACAUGGACCACAGGCAUGCAUGCCAGCAGUGGAGGAAACCUGGCAGGGCUGGGUGGGAUUGCAGCGCAGGCAGGUUUCAAUGCUGGCGAUGGCAAGCGUUACUUCAACAUCCCUGGCUCUCGCACGGCUGACGUGGUGAACGUUGAGGGAACCACCAACGUGGGCUACCCAGGCAGAUGGGUCUUCCGUAUAGAUGAUGCAAAUGUGGAAGUGGGUGGCUGCAAUAACUCUGCAUCAGUGUGCCCACACCUGCGACCGUGUCUGAACGGAGGCCAGUGCAUAGAUGACUGCAUUACAGGCAACCCCUCCUUCACUUGCUCCUGCUUGGCUGGCUUCACCGGCCGGCGAUGCCAGAUUGAUGUCGAUGAGUGCGCCUCAUAUCCUUGCCAGAACGGAGGGACUUGUGAAGACCAGAUUAAUAGUUUCAUCUGUCAUUGUCCUCCUGGAUACACUGGGAUGCAGUGUGAAACAGACAUUGACGAGUGCAAAGACAGACCGUGCCACAACAACGCUUCGUGUGUACAAGGCGCUGGCAGUUUCACCUGCGUGUGUGAACUGGGUUACACUGGUGUCCUGUGUGAGACAGACAUUAAUGAAUGCGAGUCGCAGCCCUGUCUAAAUGGAGGAGAGUGCGUUGAUCAGGUGGCCAACUUCACCUGUGUGUGUCCCGCUGCCUUCACUGGAACGCUCUGCGAGACAGAGUUGGUGGUGCUUCAGGACAAUUCAACUGAGGCAGAAAACCAAACAGCCUUGUGUGAGAAAGAAGACUGCAAGAAGCAUCAGAUUUGUGAACACACCAGCUCGGGAAUCUCCAACUGUACGUGUGCUCCGGGCUUCUAUGGCGACAAGUGUGAAGAGGAAUGUCUUUGCCAGAAUGGGGGUGUCUGUGUGGACAGCAAUGGGACUUGUGAAUGCCCUUCAGGCUACACAGGACUCUACUGUCAGUUUGAAGUAACUCAGACGCCGUGCAGUAACAGCAGGCCGUGUCCUGAUGGAGGUCCCUGUUUGGAGUACGGAGGGACCUACCUGUGUACAUGUCAGACUAGUGGAGCGGAGCUAGAUCAUAAGGACUUCUACCCCUAUGUACAGCCCCGAUCGGUCUGCGACUCCUCUCCGUGUCUGAAUGGGGGCUACUGCUACGAGCGGGAUGGAGGCUACACCUGCGAAUGCAAAUACGGAUACUGGGGGAAGCACUGUGAAAAAGUUAGACUCAAUACCUGUGCUUCUGGUCCCUGCCGCAAUGGAGGCUCCUGUAAGGAAGAGGCAGGGAGCUACAGAUGUGUGUGUCCUUACAGAUUCACUGGAAAACACUGUGAAGUGGGGAAGCCAGACCCCUGUGCCUCCAGCCCCUGUCUGAAUGGGGGGACAUGUUUUCACUACAUAGGAAAGUACAAAUGUGAAUGCACUGAGGCCUUCAGCGGCAGGCACUGUGAAAUAAGCACGAGCUCAGCACAAACUUCCGCAGAGCUGGGCUGUGGGCCGCCUCCGCAAGUGAAGCACGCUGAGGUCCAGUUCUCCUCGACAACGCCAGGCUCCAUGGCUGUGUAUAUAUGCCAUUCAGGCUUCAUGUCCGUGCCAAGAGCCACCCAGAGCAUCUGUGGUAUUCAGGGAGACUGGAGCCAACCACCCGUUUGUGAGGAGAUCAAUGAAUGCCUAUCGCAGCCUUGUCUUAAUGGCGGUACAUGUCGGAACCAGGUCGGAUCCUACCAGUGUGAGUGUGGUGACGGCUUCAGUGGAAAGCGCUGUCAGACAGACAUAAAUGAGUGCCUGUCGGAACCCUGCAAGCACGGGGGGACGUGCGAAGACCAGCCUGGCUCCUACUUGUGUCAUUGUCCACAAGGCCUCAAAGGCCAGAACUGUGAAAUAGAGCAGGACGGGUGUGAGUCCAACCCCUGUCUAAAUGGAGGUGUGUGUCGGGGUUACAGACGGAAUUAUUUGUGUGUAUGCAAAGACGGUUUCUUUGGGAACCAGUGCCAGAUGUUGGAGAACCCUUGUGUACUGCAACCUUGUGGAAACCGUGGCCUGUGCAGGAGCGACAGGAGAGGCAACUACAACUGUGUUUGCAAAACGGGACACACAGGCAAAGACUGUGAGAAAGACCUGUUGCCUCCCUCUGGUCUCCAUGUGCUUCGCGUGGAGGAGAACGAGGUGGAGCUGCGCUGGGACGAGCCGGAGCCCUCGCAGAGCCUGAUCAGCGGGUUUGUUGUCACUUAUGGUCCUCUGGGCCGGAGCAAUCGCAAAUCAGACGUCCUAGACAGGCAGAAGUCCACCCACGUCAUGCGAGGCCUGGUGCCCGGCCUCCUUUACAACAUCUCCACUUUCUCCACCAAACGCAACACCAACAGCAACGACAUCAGCCAGCCUGCCACUGCACUGAUACGCACCAGACCUCGGCGGGUGGAGCAGCUGCAGGUGGUCAAUGUGUCUUACUCUCAGGUGUGGCUGAGCUGGCUGGUUCAGGCAGCUCGUCAUGCAGCGGUCAACAGGGUGCACGUGUCUCUGUUGUCUUCAGAUGGGAGUGACGCUCGCACUGCUGUGCUCAACACGAGCACCACGGAGCAUACCUUCAGCUCAUUACUCCCUGGUCAGAUGUACACAGUGGAUGUGUUGACUCAAAGUGGAAUCAGACCAGACGAGUUUCCCUCCACCAGCCACUCAGCUGGACCACUGCAAUUCUGGACAAGGCCUCUUCCCCCACAGAACCUCUCCCUGUCACAUGUGACCACAAGCUCAGCGCUGAUCACCUGGAGCCGUCACCCGAGAAACGUCCCAGAUGGCUUUGUGGUCAACGUGACCCGAGGGUUGAAUACCAGGAGUCGCUUCCUGCCCAAUGGGAAAUUAGGAUCGUAUACCCUGCGUGAACUGACGCCAGGGCAGCACUACUAUGUGGCUCUCACAUCCGUCAAAAACACAGGGCAGGAACAGAUCCACAGCAUACCUCAACACUUAGCCUUCACUACCUUGCCAAUGGAGGCGAGAUCAGGGAGAAGAGAGAGGCCUAUCACGACUGGACAGGGGACUCAGGUUGGACGCACAGUUCCCCCGUCUCAGCCUCAGGUCUUGGGAGGUGCAACAGAAACAGAGAACUCAGAGGAACUGCCCAGAUACACAGAACUCAUUGACAGAAGGGGAAAGAUAACAGCAAAGUUCACUCACUUGCCUCGAAAAGGCAUUCGACAUCGUACUAAACCUGACCCACCAAUUAGAUUAGAAAAGAUGGAAGAAACAACAAACAAAAUCAGCCUUGCAUUAGAGAUUCAAGAAGAAGGUUUAAGACCAAAGCCUGAGUUGCCACAGGACUGUCGCAGUCUGCCUUGCCAGAACGGGGGUACAUGUGUGAACGGAGGCGACGCCUUCGCCUGCGACUGCGCGGCAGGGUUCAAGGGCAGACAGUGUGAACUGUUGUGCCAGCGAGUGCCGCACCCCUGCACCCGUCUCUACUCUGAAACCAAGAGUGUGCCCGUCUGGGAGGGUGGAGUGUGCCACUACCUGUACAAAAGGACAUAUAAAGUACAACAGGAUGUUUGUUAUCGAGAGAUUUGUGAACCGGUGCUUCCCAAGAAAAGUCAGAGUGAGUUGAAAAAGCUGUCUAUACAGUGUUGAUAUUGUUGCAAAUACAUCAAUGCAAUUCUUUUCACACACUUAUAUUAACUUUCUUAACAGUCAGAAGAACAAACCGACAAGAAUAAAGGUUUGUUUCUUUAGCACAAUCAAAAUUAUGAUAUUUAUAUAAUAUGUUUUGGGGAUGAAAUGUUUCCACCGAACAUGUAUAUGCACUGCUACUGUAGAGGAUCACAAGAUUUUCAACAAUUAUACUAAAAAUGAGUCUUUUCUUCUUUUUUCUAGAGCACUUGGAUACUGAUGAAAGGACUGUCAUCACUGUCAUGUGAAAAACCUAACUUCAAUUUUGGUGUUUAUAAUCUACUUGAAGUAACUGAUUAUGGUCAUGUUUGUGCUGAGAAACCCUGUCAGAACCCACUGUAACGUUUUAGAAGCAGACCAUUGUUCAUCUGAAAAUAAGGUUGUAUUUGUUCUUUCCUGAGAGCUGUGUCUGUAGCUCCAUGCUUCGUAAGAGGACUUCAAUCAAUCAAAUGAAAAAUGGCCCAAAUCAUUUAUCAUUUGUGACGUUAGAUGACUGAUUUUUCAAACAAAACGUAUGCAAAUAUUAAUGGUAAGCAGUCCUCUGUACUGCAUCAGAGACCUUAUAUACCUCAUUUCCAUGUCCAUGCUGACACAUUAUGAGAGGUUUUUAUUAUUUGUGAUUCAGCUGCAGGUUUGUCCCUCAGGGAAAUAACUGUAGAGUGUUCCCAGUCCCAAUCUUUCCCUUAUACCAGCCCUGUGAUCUCCUUAUAAAGACGAUGGGAAAUGUAUGUUUUCUCCACACCCCAUAAAUCCAUCUCUUCCUCUGACAAUGAUGCACAGUAUUCUCUGUGUAUAAAUAUCUUUCUCCAUGUCUUAGCUGGCAUCACUGCUUGCAAUUCUGUAAAUAGUGUUUAUAGGCCAUUUUGUAGGUGACUAUUUUAAUAAUAAAAAUGUUAAAAUGG